AUGGCAGAAGUAGAGGAGCCGCAGUACGCCAGUCUGAAGGAGCGCAUAGCUGCUCUCAACCAGCAGAAGAACUUCAGCAGUAGUGGGGAUGGCCCCAAGAAACGCCCCCCUCCACCGCCGCCCCCGGGCAGGCCCAAGUCCGAGGUCCAGGUUCCAAUGGUCAAUGGAAACGGGGCGGCUCCGGCCCUGCCACGGCGCACCACGGCAACGGAACCGAUACUCGAGGCCCCAGAUAUCGUCCCCGGACGCCGUGCGCCGCCGCCUCUGCCAGGCCGGACGAAUACAAACAGUUCGCUGCCCUCUCCUGCCCUGCCCACGAGACGCCCAUCAUCACAGACCCUAGGUACGCGGAGAGGCUCUAAUGCCUCCGACGUGUCGCAUAUUUCCGCCAUCUCCAACCUCUCCUUGCAGCCCAUAUCCUCUCACACGAGCGCCACAUCCACCGAGACCCAGUCGACGCGCAAACUGCCCCCCACCUUGGAUCAGGCCAAGCUGCCUCCCCUUCCACCGACGAAAAGGGAGAGAGAAGCACAAGCAGCCAGGGAAGCCGAGUCAGCUACAUCUAUAGCCCCCGUCCGAGCCAUCAAGUCAGCCCCGAUAGUACCUCAAGUGAAGGAAACGCAGCGUCCUGGACUCCCUCCUAGACUGCCGUCCAGGCCGGCCAAAUCUCCGUCCAUCCCUCAGCAGAAUGAAGGGCCCUCCUUGCCGGCUCGCCGGCUACCACCGCCGCCAUCAGCUGGUUUCACAGGGCCUGGUUCUUACACUCCACCCACGCCACGGAGGCCCGAAGCAAGGCCCGAAGCACCGCCUCCUGUCCCCCUCAGCUCGCGUCCGACCACGGCUCAGAUCAGUGCAGUGACGGUCCGCGCUGCAAGCAAUAGCGUCAUUACGUGUCUGGUUUGCCGUGACUUCUCGCGGCCUGACACGAUAGCGUCGCAGUUCCCGAAUCACUCGCUUCCUCGCAGUGACCCUGUUGGAUAUCUGGCAAAUGUUCUUUGUGCAUCCUUUCCCUCACAUACCGACAAGGCACGCGCCAUCUUUACGUGGUGUCAUCACAAUAUUGCCUACAAUGUCGAAGAGUUCUUCGGCAAAUGCAUCAAGAACCGCAGCGUUGAGGAGACAAUCUUCCACGGCAAGGCCGUCUGUCAGGGCUACGCUGAGGUCUAUCAAGCGAUUGCACGGCGGGCUGGCCUUGAAUGUGUUGUAAUUGGGGGUCAUGGCAAAGGAUACGGCCACAAUCCGUUGCAAAAGGGCCAAGCACCUCCUCCUCGGGACCCUACGGGCCAUGCUUGGAAUGCCGUCCGCAUCGACAACGGGGAGUGGAAGCUGCUGGACGCUUGUUGGGGAGCCGGCGCCCUCAUGAAUGGACAGUAUCACCAGGGUUUCAAUGCCUCAAUGUUCUACAUGUCCAACGACAUGUUUGGUCUGAAGCAUUUCCCCUCAGACUCGAGACACUUUUACCGCAGCGAUGGCCGUAUUCCCACGUGGGACGAGUAUAUGAUCGGCCCUACCAAUGGUGAGAAAGCCGCCUGGUAUGGCAAUGGAACGAAAGAAGGCAUUUCCGAAUUCACAUUCAUGCCGGCCGAGAAGCAUCUUUCAGUCAACAGCAAUCAGGUCAUUCGAUUCCAAUUCGGAAAGAUUUGCGAGCAUUGGGAUGGUACCAAGCAUGGGAAGGGUAAGAAUUAUUUGCUCGUACUUUGUACCAAAGGUCGCGAUGGUAGGAAGGACGAAAAUAUCCCACUAGAACACGAUGGGUUCUGGUGGUGGCUUGAUAUCAACUCCGUCGACCUUGGAGCUCCUGGGCAACAAGUCAAGCUUGGUGCCAUCACCACAUGGGGCGAUAACAAGAACCCUAGAGGCCUCACGAAGCAGGAAUAUUACCAAGGGCUUGGGAAAGUGGGCUGGUCUAUGGAGUUCUAUACCAUUUGGGAGCUGGUCCCGUAA